AAUUUUGGGUAAUCAAUGGCAGCAAGAAGAAGGGAUGGAACAAUAUUUGCAGCAGUGUUCAUAGUUGCAGUGUGUUUAUGGACCGGAGCUUUGGCGCAAUCGAGUUCGAGUUGCACCAAUGUGCUCAUUAGCAUGUCCCCGUGCUUGAGUUAUAUACAAGGAAACUCGUCGACGCCAUCUUCUUCAUGCUGUUCUCAGCUUGCAAGCGUUGUGAGCUCGCAGCCCCGGUGCCUGUGUGAGGUCCUUAAUGGUGGUGGCUCAUCGUUGGGUAUCGAUGUUAACCAGACGCAGGCAAUGGCUCUCCCAACAGCUUGUAAUGUUAAAACUCCCCCUGCUAGCCAAUGCAAUGCUUCUUCUCCUUCUGGCUCUCCAAAUUCUCCUUCAGGUGGUGGUUCUAAAACGGUUCCCACGACGGACGAUGGCACAUCAGAUGGGAACUCCGCCAAGCUGUCGUUUUCACUCUUCUUUUUCUUGCUUUUCAUCGCGUCGUUGGGCUUUUUCGCCAUCUAAGCAGCUCUUUAGCCUAUUCUUUCCUCUAUCAGUUUUCUCUUUG